AUGGACUCCUCUAAAAUAGACAAAGACAAUGAAGAAUGUAGCAGUAACGAGUCCGGGUGGACAACUUAUAUUGCAUCGCCAGAACAUCAUGGCGAUGAUGAUGAAGAUGAAGAUGAAGAUGAAGAUGAAGAUGAAGAUCGUACUGUUGAUAGAAAAGCUGAUGCUCAUGAUUCUGAAGACGGUGAAAGCGAUGACUCUAUGGCUUCUGAUGCCUCCUCCGGCCCGAGUCUUCAAGAAUGCUCAAGUGGAAAGUUUGGAGGAAGCCAUGCAGCAAACAAAGAUCACAGAAAAUGGUUUGGCAAGAAACAUCACCAACACGAAGAGAAGAAACCACAUGAGGAAAUUGAAGCAGCAAAAAUCAAGCCAGGACAAAAGGCAAACAAUGCUGGCAGAUCCAAGAAAAAAUAA